GGCGGUAGGAUACGUGCGCUAUUCAGUUUGAUAGCGUACACAACAGAAUAAAGUGCGUGUAUGACAGACUGUGUGUACGUGUGUUAGUUAAUCCCACUCCGCUGUGGUCAGGUGAUCCGGCGCUUGAGCAGCUGUGCAGCCUCGGUAUCGCUCACCGUCAGACAACGGGAGUCACCGGCGCUGAGUACACAGUUUCUCACCAGACGUAAACGUUAAACCGUUCAGUGAAACGACAUGGGGGACAGAGUAGUUUUACUGCUGCUGGCUGUAGCGGCUUCGACUCUGGCUGCCGAGGUGCCUACAGAUGUUUCUAUGGGUCUGUUGGCAGAGCCCCAGGUGGCCAUGUUUUGCACUAAACUCAACAUGCACAUUAACGUACAGACCGGCAAGUGGGAGCCAGACCCUUCGGGGACCAAGAGCUGCAUUGGCACCAAGGAGGGCAUCCUGCAGUACUGCCAGGAGGUGUACCCAGAGCUCCAAAUUACCAACGUGGUGGAGGCCAACCAACCAGUCAGCAUCCAGAACUGGUGCAAGAAAGGACAUAAACAGUGUCAUAGUCACAUGCACAUCGUAGUACCCUACCGCUGCCUGGUGGGAGAGUUUGUGAGUGAUGCCCUACUCGUUCCUGACAAGUGCAAGUUCCUCCAUCAGGAGCGCAUGGAUCAGUGUGAGAGCCACCUGCACUGGCACACUGUAGCCAAGGAAUCCUGUGGAGACCGCACCAUGAAUCUCCAUGACUACGGGAUGCUAUUGCCAUGCGGAAUCGACCGCUUCCGAGGAGUUGAGUUUGUUUGCUGUCCCGCUGAGGCAGAGCGUGACACUGAUAGUGCCGAGCAAGAUGCUGAUGAUUCUGAUGUCUGGUGGGGUGGAGCGGAGCCUGACUACUCUGACAACAGUAUGGUGCGAGAGCUAGAGCCAGCGGAGCAGCAAGAGGAAACCCAGCCAUCUGUUGUCGAGGGGAACGAGGACGAGCAGGAGGAGGAGGUGGCUGAGGAAGAUGACGAUGAUGAGGAGGAGGAUAUGCUGGACAAUGACCGGGAUGGAGAUGGAGAGGAGGAUGAGGAGGUGGCAGAGGAAGAGGAGGAGGAGGAGGAGGAGGAGGAGGAGGGAGAUGUUGUCGACACCCUUGAUGACAGCGAUGAUGCAGAUGAGCCUACUGCCAAUGUUGCCAUGACGACCACCACCACCACAACUACUGAGUCUGUCGAAGAAGUUGUGAGGGAUGUGUGCUGGGCCAGUGCAGAGACUGGUCCGUGCCGGGCCAUGCUCCCUCGCUGGUACUUUGACCGACAGGAGGGCCACUGUGUUCAGUUUAUCUACGGUGGCUGCGGUGGCAACAGGAAUAAUUUUGAUUCAGAAGAGUACUGCAUGUCUGUCUGCAGCAGCAUCAUACCCACAGCCGCACCCAGCUCUCCUGAUGCUGUGGAUCACUACCUAGAGACGCCUGCUGACGAAUAUGAACAUGCCCACUUCCAGAAGGCCAGGAAGAGCCUGGAGGCCAGGCACCGUGAGAAGACAUCACAGGUGAUGAGAGAGUGGGAAGAGGCUGAAAGAGAAGCCCAGAAUCUUCCACGUGCUGACAAGAAGGCUGUCGUCCAGCGUUUCCAGGAGAAGGUGGAGGCACUGGAGCAGGAAGUGGCCAGUGAGCGCCAACAGCUGGUGGAGACCCACAUGGCCCGAGUGGAGGCUCUUCUCAACGACCGCCGCCGCCUGGCUCUGGAGAGCUACCUGACUGCCCUGCAGCAGGAACCACCCAGGCCUCGCCACGUCUUCAGCCUUUUGAAGAAGUAUGUGCGUGCUGAGCAGAAGGACAGACAACAUACCCUUAAACACUUCGAACAUGUCCGCAUGGUGGAUCCCAAGAAGGCCGCACAGAUUCGACCUCAGGUGCUGACCCACCUGCGUGUCAUUGAGGAGCGUAUGAACCAGUCUCUGGGGCUUCUCUACAAGGUGCCUGGCGUGGCUGAAGACAUUCAGGACCAAGUUGAGCUUCUGCAGAGGGAGCAAGCGGAGAUGGCCCAGCAACUGGCCAACCUGCAGACAGACGUGAGGGUGAGCUAUGGCAAUGACGCUCUGAUGCCCGACCAGGAGAUGGGAGAUGGCCAGACCGACCUUUUGCCCCAUGAAGACACAGUUGGCCUGGGAGGAGUUGGCUUCAUCCACCCUGAGAGCUUCAACCAGCCCAACACUGAGAACCAGGUUGAGCCAGUGGACUCUCGCCCCAAUCUUGACAGAGGCAUCCCAACUCGGCCAGUGACUGGAAUGAAGAUGGAUGCUAUUCCUGAGCUGCGGAUGGAGACAGAGGACAGGCAGAGCACUGAAUAUGAAGUUCACCACCAGAAACUGGUCUUCUUUGCAGAGGAUGUUGGCUCCAACAAGGGUGCCAUCAUUGGCCUCAUGGUUGGAGGCGUUGUCAUAGCAACCGUCAUAGUCAUCACCUUGGUGAUGCUGCGGAAGAAGCAGUAUACAUCUAUCCACCAUGGAGUUAUUGAGGUGGAUGCUGCCAUCACCCCCGAGGAGCGCCACCUGUCUAAGAUGCAGCAGAAUGGUUACGAGAACCCAACCUACAAGUUCUUUGAGCAGAUGCAGAACUGAGGAGAAUGUCACGUGUACACACACACACACACACACACACACAUAUACAUAUAUAAACAUGCACACAAAUAUCUCCUCCCACACAUCAUGCACCUCCCCUCCCCAUCCGUCUAGUCCCACGUCUCCAGAAGGCAGUGUAGCUUAGAUCACUGAGUGACUGAAAGAGUCGAUUACCAACAUGUGAAGUCACUGUAGCCAGGGUGUUCUUUCAUACAUGCUGGGUGGAUACUGUGGCCAAGCCAGGUUGCACCACAUUUGUUCACUUUAUCAGAGCAAGGCCCCUUUUUUCUUAAAGAAAGGAUUUUUAUAGGUUAUUCCAUCUGUGAUGUAUGGGGAAAAGGCCUCACCCAGUGCAUUGAGACCAACCCACCCAUGGGGGAAAGAAGCGCACUCUCUCCACACUGAUUUAGGGCCAGUGCAUAGCUGGGGUUUUUUUUCCUGUUUUUGGCUUGGAACAUUUUAGACCACUGAUCAGCAAGAUAAGAGGUACAUGCUGACCUGGGCCUCAUUUACAAAAGUUGGUUGCAUGCACAUGUAUCAGUCACUUCAAAUCAUUCUUCAACAUGUGGACAUAUUUGUUUCCAUCAUAUUCUUUGUAAUGAAUAUAUAAUGAAAUAUAGAGUUAAAUUAAGCAAUGUCAUUUUUAUAAAUGAGGCCCAGUGCUUUGCUACCUACUGCACCACUACUGCAUUCACUCCACAGUCUACACUGGAGUAUAAGUGAGCCUCCUCUGCCUCCCCUCCUCCUCCAUCCCUUUUGCCAUCCCUUUUUUUGUAUUCUUAUGACAGCUGGGCUGUGUUAAAUCACACAAGGCUCUAAAGGAUAUCUGAAGAUGCUGAUGAUGACGGCAGUAAUUAUGUAUUCUGAAUGAGUUGUUUUUUUUUCUAUAGUUUCCAGUUUUGUUUUUCAAAAAAGAAUGAAAACUGAAAAAAAUUCAACCAGUGUAAAGUCUUUUUUUUUCUUUUUUUUUUUUUUUUUAAAUUGUGUGUAAUGAUAAUGAGGUAAUGCUGAAGUCUUAGCUGUUCCUGUGUAAUGCAUGACAACAGGAUUUGGAAAAACAAGAUCUUAAAGCUGCUCUUUCUUCAGAUCCUUUCUCACAUUUAGAUUGUCAUUCUCACAAGACUGUACAUUGAGUAUGUUCUCGUGAUCAUGUGACUUCAAACUGAUGACUAAUAUAUAAAUCUAGAUAAACGGGCUCUGCUUUGAUAUCAUGCAAGAUACAC